GCCGGGGAGCUGGGAGCUGGAUUGCAGAGCGGGGUCGUGGCGGCGGCGGUGAGAAGAGGGAGGCGGAGGAGGGGGAGCCAUGGCGGGGCAGCAGUUCCAGUACGAUGACAGCGGGAACACCUUCUUCUACUUCCUCACCUCCUUCGUGGGGCUCAUCGUGAUUCCGGCCACAUACUACCUCUGGCCCCGAGAUCAGAAUGCCGAGCAAAAUCGAUUAAAGAAUAUCAGAAAAGUAUAUGGAAGAUGUAUGUGGUACCGUUUGCGGUUAUUAAAACCCCAGCCAAAUAUUAUUCCUACAGUAAAGAAAAUUGUUCUUCUAGCAGGCUGGGCAUUGUUCUUAUUCCUUGCAUACAAAGUUUCCAAAACAGACCGAGAAUAUCAAGAAUACAAUCCUUAUGAAGUAUUAAAUUUAGAUCCCGGGGCAACUGUAGCAGAGAUUAAGAAACAGUAUCGUUUGCUAUCUCUUAAAUAUCAUCCAGAUAAAGGAGGUGAUGAAGUUAUGUUCAUGAGAAUAGCAAAAGCUUAUGCAGCUUUAACUGAUGAAGAAUCCCGCAAAAAUUGGGAAGAGUUUGGAAAUCCAGAUGGGCCUCAAGCCACAAGCUUUGGAAUUGCCCUCCCAGCUUGGAUCGUUGACCAGAAAAAUUCAAUAUUGGUUUUACUUGUAUAUGGCUUGGCAUUCAUGGUUAUCCUUCCAGUUGUUGUGGGCUCUUGGUGGUAUCGCUCAAUACGCUAUAGUGGAGACCAGAUUCUAAUACGCACAACACAGAUUUAUACCUACUUUGUUUAUAAAACUCGAAAUAUGGAUAUGAAACGUCUUAUCAUGGUUUUGGCUGGAGCCUCUGAAUUUGAUCCUCAGUAUAAUAAAGAUGCCACAAGCAGACCAACAGAUAAUAUUUUAAUACCUCAGCUCAUCAGAGAAAUUGGCAGCAUUAAUUUAAAGAAGAAUGAGCCUCCACUUACUUGUCCUUAUAGCCUGAAGGCCAGAGUUCUUUUACUGUCUCAUCUUGCUAGAAUGAAAAUUCCUGAGACCCUUGAAGAAGAUCAGCAAUUUAUGCUGAAAAAAUGCCCUGCCCUACUUCAAGAAAUGGUUAAUGUAAUCUGCCAACUAAUAAUAAUGGCCAGGAGCCGUGAAGAAAGGGAGUUUCGUGCUCCAACUUUGGCAUCCCUUGAAAACUGCAUGAAGCUUUCCCAGAUGGCUGUUCAAGGCCUUCAGCAGUUUAAAUCUCCCCUUCUGCAGCUCCCCCACAUUGAAGAAGACAAUCUUAGGAGAGUUUCUAAUCAUAAAAAGUUCAAAAUUAAAACUAUCCAGGAUUUGGUGAGUUUAAAAGAAUCAGAUCGCCACAAUCUGUUGCAUUUCCUUGAAGAUGAAAAAUAUGAGGAGGUUAUGGCUGUUCUUGGGAGUUUCCCGUAUGUGACUAUGGACAUAAAGUCACAGGUAUUGGAUGAUGAAGAUAGCAACAACAUCACAGUAGGAUCCUUAGUUACAGUUUUGGUUAAAUUGACAAGGCAAACAAUGGCAGAAGUAUUUGAAAAGGAGCAGUCCAUCUGUGCUGCAGAGGAACAGCCAGCAGAAGAUGGGCAGGGUGAUAGUAACAAGAACAAGACAAAAGGAGGAUGGCAACAGAAGAGUAAAGGACCCAAGAAAACUGCUAAAUCAAAAAAAAAGAAACCUUUGAAAAAAAAGCCUACACCUGUGCCCUUAUCUCAACCAAAGCAGCAGAAACAAAAACAGGCUAAUGGAGUCGCUGGGAGUGAAGCUGCAGUAAAGGAAGAUGAAGAAGAAGUUUCUGACAAAGGCAGUGACUCUGAGGAAGAAGAAACCAAUAGAGACUCUCAGAGUGAAAAAGAAGAUGGUAGUGACAGAGACUCUGAUAGAGAGCAAGAUGAAAAACAAAACAAGGAUGAUGAAGCAGAGUGGCAAGAAUUACAACAAAGUAUUCAGCGAAAGGAGAGAGCACUACUGGAAACCAAAUCAAAGAUAACACAUCCUGUCUAUAGUCUUUACUUUCCUGAGGAAAAGCAAGAAUGGUGGUGGCUUUAUAUCGCGGAUAGGAAGGAACAGACAUUAAUAUCUAUGCCAUAUCAUGUGUGUACACUAAAAGAUACGGAAGAGGUAGAACUGAAGUUUCCUGCACCAGGCAAGCCUGGAAAUUAUCAAUAUACGGUGUUUCUAAGAUCAGACUCCUAUAUGGGUUUGGAUCAGAUUAAACCACUGAAGUUGGAAGUUCAUGAGGCUAAGCCUGUGCCAGAAAAUCACCCACAGUGGGAUACAGCAAUAGAGGGGGAUGAAGACCAGGAAGACAGUGAGGGCUUUGAAGACAGCUUUGAGGAAGAGGAAGAAGAGGAGGAAGAUGAUGACUAAGCAGUAAACGCAUGGGCCACAAUAUGUGCACAUCUUUGCAAGUUUUUGCUGUUUUAGAAGUGUAUAAUAAACCAAAAGCAGUGCAGAACUGAUGUUGAGGGAAGUGUUACUAGAAAUGGGCGUGUUACCAAGGCAGUGGUGGUGCCUUGGUACAGUCUGAAAAAUGCUUAAGGUUUGUGAAAGCCUUUCAGGUAUGGGAUGGUGCAUUUAUUUCAUCCACAAAUGAUAAUAAACCCUUUGUUACAACUGUCCAGAAGUGUGGGCUAUGUAUUAUCUAUCAUCUAUGGUCCCAGUAAAAGUAAAGGUACAUGAAAAACAAUCUAUAAAUGAGUGACCUUUCUUUGUUUAGCUUUAGUUUUAACAAAUAUUAAAGUGUGUAUGAUAAACACCACAAAUGUUUUAAGUAACAUCUGCUCAAGUUUUAAUGUCUUAAUAAGCUCUAUUAUUCAUUUACUGACAUUUUGCAGUGAUAUAAGACUAUUUAUAAUAGCUCCAUUCAUAGCUUUAAACAUUUUAUUUUUGCCUAUCUUGGUCAUAAGUUGGCAUUCUGUCACAUUCCACAUAAUCUAGAGGGCUACAUUUUGGGAUUUUUCCUUUUCUUAAUUGCCCAGAGUUACCAGAUAAAUUAUAAAAAUGGCUUUUAAUGGCUUAAAACAUUUUUAAGCCUCUAUUUUAGCAGAUCAAUGCAGGAUCUAAUUCUUUUUAUAAGCUAUAGACCUAAAAAUGAUUGUGGGACCAUAUGUUCUCUGAUGUUGGUGACUUAUGUUACUAAACCUUUUUAAAAAGGUCACUAUAAAAGCUGAAAUACAUUCUUAGCUUUUAAUCUACCUGACUCUAUCAGAAGCCUUUUAAGGUAAAAUAUAACAUGCAAAGGAGGCAUUUUUUUGUAUUCAUUUUGGACUCCUGUCAAUAAAAUAGAAGUUUGACUCA